AUGGCUGUAACAUUCUCCUCACACCAUGAAGGUGGAAUAACUACCUCCUGCCAGCAUAUUCUGUGUACAUCACAAUCUGGCUCUCACCCUGAAUCUGACGGACAAGUUUCUGAAGGCAUCAGUUAUGAUGAUACCAACUUUGGGUACAUGGAUGGGCAUGAAGAUACAAUUGAUGACUUGGAUGCCCUAGUCACAUCAAAGCAAAAAUGCACUGUAGCUGAUAACCCCCUUCUAGUGUGGUUAAGCAAUCACAAUGAGUAUCUGGCUGAAAUGCUUCGGAUGGAUGGCAGAGGGGACUUUACUUCAGAUACCUGCUGCAAAUGCACCUCUGCUCCCACUCUGUUCCAUUGCAAUGACUGUCGCAACAUGCAGCUAUACUGCAGAGACUGCACUGUCUGCAAUCAUUUGCAGAGCCCCACUCAUUGCAUCAAGAAGUGGACAGGGUCAUUCUUCAUGGCUACAUCACUCAAGAAGCUCAGUCUGAGGAUCCAGCUGGGGCACAUGAUUGGCAAAACCUGUAUCCUACCCUGCAAGUCAUUCAAUGACAACUUCCUACUCAUCAAUACAAAUGGAAUCCACAAGAUUGCAAUUGACUUUUGUGCCUGUGAGACAUCCCAGACUCACACAAAACAACUCUUACACUUGGGAUGGUUCCCCUCAACAACUGUGGAUCCAAGGACAGCAUCCAAGGCAUCUGCAUAUGAAUUUUAUCACUCACUGGUCUGUAUUAUGGACAAUGUUGGUUUAAUUAAGAAGGAUCGCUAUGAAUCGUUCAUGUGCAUGGUUCAUGAUAUGCUCUAUUCAUUGUUUGUGGCUAUCAACACCAAUUUUCAAUUGAAAAGACAAGAUGUAUCCAGUGAUGAAGCAGACCCAAGUCUUUCAAAGGGAUGGUCAUACUUUGUUGAAGAGAAGUUCAAGUCCCAUCUCAAGGAGCAUUUGUCUGAAACACAGGAGAAAAGUUCCUGCUCAAACCAUAAUGCCAUGAAUAUGGCAGAGACAAAGCUAUUGCAGGGUCUUGCAGCUACUGGAGUCGGGACGGUUGAUUGCAUGCAGCACAACUUCAAGCGCCCAAAUGGCGUUGGGGACCCACAAAAAAGGGAAAAGUACAUUAACAUGGACUACCUGUUUUUCUCCACACUUUGCAACAACUGUCACAAUGUUCUGAACAUGUUGUAUGAUAGUAGUCGCAUGGAGUCACUACCUGAGUCACACCAUCUAUCCUAUUUACACAUUUUCAUUUGGUUCUUCAUCCCCAAGUUUCACCUUCCAGCACAUAUCAAGAAGUGUCAAACAAUGUUCUCUUUCAACUUCAUGUGUUUCAUGGGUCAUAUGGAUGGGGAGGCACCCAAGCAUGGUUGGUCUAACAUAAAUCUGGUCGCUUCAAGCACAAAGGCAAUGGGACCUGGCUGUCAUAGAGACACAUUGGAUAAUCAUUUUGGGGAUUGGAAUUGGAAAAAGGUCAUUGGUCUAGGUGCACAUCUCAUCCAUAAGAUGCAGGAAGCUGUCAUUGAGAAGGAUGAUCAUGAGGCUGCAUUCCAGGAGUUCAAUACUGUGAUUUCCUCCAACCACAGGUCAGCAUGGACAGCCAAGAUGGAGAAAUGGAAGGAAAAUCCCAAUGAUGCAUCAGUCACUAACCCCCUUGAGUCCAAUAUCUAUUAUCUAGAAAUUAUGCAAGCCGCAGUGCAUCUGAAACUUGCGGAAAUGGAAGCUGAAGAACUCGCUUGCAGGAUUGAUCUAUCACUGCACCCCAACAUCUCACAAAGUGUGCUUAUCACAUCAGGAUUAGACCUGGAAGAGGAACAAUGUUGUGUGAGAGCUGUAUCUGAAGCAAUGGGUCUCCAUGUUUCUGAUAUACAGAAAGGCACUCUCACACAGAUGAGGAAUGUCCUGCAUUGUAAGAUCGAAACUUGGAGAACUUAUGAAUGGGAUUUGUGGUAUGCCCAGGCCCACAAUGCGCUUGAAGAGCUUCAACAGUGCCUUUGUGUGCACUGCUCGAUGCUCACAUUCAAGCAGGAGUGGGUUCAUGGUCAAGGCUCCAACACUUGUGCUCAGAAUGCACUGGCUCAUGUGCAUGCGCAGCAAGUGGCAUGUAUGAAGAGAUACAGGGUUGCAUGGGGGGUGCUGAAGACCCUGGCACCUCUCUUGAAGAAGGAUGAAGACGUGAAACCUUUGGUGGACCCUUUCAGUACCAAGACUGAAGGCCACUGCUGCCUGACAUGGAUCUGGAUGAUGAUGGGUAUUCAUGUGGAAUGGUGUAAGUCCAGGGCAAGAGCAUUGUACUGGGCAGAGGAGGUAGAAUUGUUACAGGAGGAGAUGCGAAGGGUCCUACAGUUUUUUGACUGGCAAGCUAACUGGUGGGACAAGCAGCAGGACCAGAUCAUCUGUGAGACAGUAGCUCAAUGUAAGGGCUUGGUAGCAUAUACUCACAAGCAGGGACACAUCCAAUGGCAGCUUGCAUCACACUUUAGAGCACUAUAG